AACCAAACCUGUUGCCAGUGAGUCAUUUCCAACUCAUAGCAACCCUAUAGGGCGGAGUAGAACUGCCUCAUAGAGUUUCCAAGGAGCGCCUGGUAGAUUCAAACUGCCGAACUUUUGGUUAGCAGCCGUAACACUUAACCGCUACACCACCAGGGUUUCCUGCACAGGUAUAGGGGGUUAGAAUUCACAACACAUAUUUUGGGGGGACAUAAUGCAGUCCAUAACACGCCUUUCCUUACUUGCUGCCCUUCUUGUCUCUUGCAGGCUCUAAGGGCUGAGCAGCCAGCAGAAUGCCCGGCCUGCUGAACCAGGACACAGGGGCAGCCCUGCCCCUCACCGCAUCCCAUGUCACCUCCUUUGUCAGUGGUUACGCCCUGGGCCUGACUGCCUCCCUCACCUAUGGCAACCUGGAAGCUCAGCCCUUCCAGGGCCUCUUCGUGUACCCCCUGGAUGAGUACACCACGGUGAUAGGCUUUGAGGCAGUCAUUGCUGAACGCAUCGUGACAGUACAGAUCAGAGACAAAGCCAAGCUGGAGAGCAGUCAUGUCAACGCCACUCGUGUCCAAGCCCCAAAAGUCACAGGAAACAUUCUGCAAGAAGGGGCUCCCACUGCCCUUCAUUCCUGCACACCGGGAAAGCUUGCUUUGGAUGAGGAUUUGGAGCGGAUCCUGUUCGUGGUCAACCUGGGGACCAUUGGCCCCAUGGAGAACGUGGCCAUCUUGGUGAGCACCUCCUCUGAGCUCCUGACACUGCCCAGCGGGGCUGUGCGGGUCCUGCUGCCAGCUGUCUGCGCCCCAACGGUGCCCCAGUUCUGCACCGAGUAUGCCGGCCCCUCCACCCAACAGCCCCAAAGCAAAGACAGGCAUUGCUUCAGGGCUCGGGCCCUAGACUCCUGGAACAAGCUGGGCCUGGAGAAUCUUCUGGACACUGAGGUCUCCAAUCCCAUGGAGUACGAGUUCAGCUUCCAGCUGGAGAUCCAUGGGCCAUGCCUGCUGGCAGGGGUGGAGAGUCCCACCCAUGAGAUUCGUGCUGACGCCGCCCCAUCUGCCCACUCAGCCAAGAGCAUCAUCAUCACCUUGGCCAACAAGCACACCUUCGACCGGCCCGUGGAGAUCCUCAUCCACCCCAGUGAGCCCCACAUGCCACAUGUCCUGAUGGAGAAAGGGGACAUGACCCUGGGAGAGUUUGACCAACACUUGAAGGGAAGAACAGAUUUCAUUAGAGGGACCAAGAAGGACAACAGUGCAGAGCGAAAGACAGAAAUCAUCCGGAAACGUCUCCACAAGGACAUUCCCCACCACUCUGUCAUCAUGCUCAACUUCUGUCCUGACCUCGAGUCCAUCCAGCCAAACCUGAGAAAGACCCACGGGGAGUUCAUCUUCCUCAUCGACAGGAGUGGCAGCAUGAGUGGGACCAACAUCCUCCGUGUCAAGGAUGCCAUGCUGGUGGCUCUCAAAAGCCUCUUGCCAGCCUGCCUCUUCAAUAUCAUUGGGUUUGGAUCCACAUUUAAGACUCUCUUCCCUGCCAGUCAGACAUACAAUGAGGAGAGCUUGGCCAUGGCCUGUGAUAACAUCCAGAGAAUGCGGGCUGACAUGGGUGGCACCAACAUCCUCUCCCCUCUCAAGUGGAUCAUCCGGCAGCCCGUGCACCAGGGCCACCCACGGCUCCUCUUCCUCAUCACGGAUGGUGCCGUCAGCAACACCGGGAAGGUGUUGGAGCUAGUGCGCAACCACGCCUCCUCCACCAGGUGCUAUAGCUUUGGAAUUGGACCCAAUGUCUGCCACAGACUGGUGCAAAGGCUGGCAUCUGUGUCCAAGGGCAGUGCUGAGUUCCUGGUGGAGGGAGAGCGGCUACAGCCCAAGAUGGUCAAAUCCCUAAAGAAGGCCAUGGCCCCGGUCCUCAGUGAUGUGACUGUGGAGUGGGUCUUCCCUGAAACCGCCGAAGUCCUGAUCUCACCUGUCAGCACCAGCGCCCUCUUCCCUGGAGAACGGCUGGUGGGAUAUGGCAUUGUGUGUGAUGCCUCCUUGUACAUCUCCAAUCCCAGAUCUGACAAGAGGCGACGGUACAGCACGCUGCACUCUCAGGAGUCCAGCAGCUCCAUCUUCUACCACUCACAGGACGGGAGUCCCGGCCCAGACAGCGGGGACUGUGCCAAGAGCUCGGGGGCACCCUUCAGCAUGGAACAGACCAAAGAUGCCCGGCAGUCCAGCGGAGAUUCCACCAUCAACCCCAAUUUGAUCCUCUCCCAGCGACGGAGGGCAUACAGCACCAACCAGAUCUCCAACCCCAAGCCCUCCCCAAGGGCCGCCACAGCCAGUGACCCCACAGCGGCUGCCAGGAGAUACCCACUACGGAAAGCCAAGCUGCAGGACCUCACCAACCAGACCAGCGUGGAUGCCCAGUUGUGGCAGAUCAAUUUACAGCCCUUGCUGAACAGUGGCCAGGACCUGAGCCAGGGCCCCCAAAUUCAGGGUCCAGGGACCCGCAGGCCCUCUCUGCUUCCCCAAGGCUGCCAGCCCUUCCUGCCCUCAGGCCCGGAGCCCCAGACCUGGGGCCCCAAGAGGGAGCUGAAUUCUGGGUCCAGCCUGAAGUCUGCCUCAGACCGCCCCAGCCCUGGGGACCUGGAGCCGUCCCAUCACCCCUCCUUCGCCUUCGAAACCGAGACGUACUCCGACUGGGAGCCCCUGGCCGAGCCCGAGGAGUGGGCCCAUCCGGGCAGGCCCGCCACCCCUGGGCCGGUGCUGGGCAAGGCGGUGGUCAAAGGCCUGCGUGACAGCCAACGGCUGCAGUGGGAGGUGAGCUUCGAGCUGGAGCCCCCCAACCUGGAGCGAAGCGGUCCGCGCGACGCCGACCUAUGGAGCGCGACUUUCCACCACCUGGCGGCCCGCGCCAUCAUCCGCGACUUCGAGCAGCUGGCGGAGCGAGAGGGCGAGAUCGAGCAGGGGUCCAGCCGUCGCUACCAGGUGAAUGCAGUGCACACCAGCAAGGCCUGCAACGUCAUCAGCAAGUACACGGCCUUCGUACCAGUAGACAUGAGUCAGAGUCAGUACCUGCCCACUGUGGUGGAGUACCCCAACUCUGGUGCUGCAUUACGGAUGGCCAGCUCACGGACCCUGACCCGACAGCUGAGGGGCACCUCUGCCAGCUUCGCACGGUCCCAGACCAUGCUCGGGGAAGAAUCAGCACCAGGAGAUGAUCCCCUGCACAGUGUGACCACCAACACCCUUUCUUCUGUGAAGGCCCCUGAGACUCUUUUUGGAUCCAGACUGAAUCUGAACAAGUCCAGACUGCUGACUCGAGCGGCCAGGGGCUUCCUAGGCAAGCCACUGAGCAAAACUCCAGAGUCAACUUCAGGGAGCCAGAACCUUGACUACGUGCCACUGGUAUCCCUGCAGCUGGCCUCUGGAGCCUUUCUGCUCAACCAAGCCUUCUGUGAAGCCACACACAUCCCCAUGGAGAAGCUCAAGUGGACUUCGCCCUUCACCUGCCACCGAGUGUCUCUCACUGCCCGCCAGGCCAAGUCAGAGAUGCCAAGUCCCCAGCUGUACACCAGGCCCUCCCUUCAGCACCCUUCCUGUAACAGCUUCUCCCUGGAGCCCCUGGCCAAGGGCAAGUGGGGCUUGGAGCCAAGGGCCAUGGUGGAGCACGUGGGAAAGCUGUGGGCCACGGUGGUAGCGCUGGCCUGGCUGGAGCACAGCUCAGCUGCCUACUUCAUUGAAUGGGAGCUGGUGGCUGCCAAGGCCAGCUCCUGGCUGGAGCAGCAGGAGGUGCCUGAGGGCCGCACACAGGGCACGCUAAAGGCUGCUGCCCGCCAGCUGUUUGUGCUCCUGCGGCACUGGGAUGAGAACCUCGAGUUCAACAUGCUCUGCUAUAACCCAAAUUAUGUGUAG